AUGAAAAAUCUUGGAAAUCAACCUACACAAACUGAAUUAGUUGAAAAUACAGUCGCACACAUUUCAAAGUUUUCCUGGGAAACUAGUGAAGGGAGAAAUUUGAAACUUUUUGCAUGUAAAGAGGAAGGUGAAAAGCUCAUUAUCCCAAAAUUUCAAAUUUUUCCAGUGGAAAACAACAACAUGAAAAAUGUUGGAAAUUAACCUACAAAAACUGAAUUAGUUGAAAAUACAGUCCCACACAUUUCAAAGAUUUCCUGGAAAACUAGUGAAGGGAGAAAUUUGAAACUUUUUGCAUGUAAAGAUGAAGGUGGGAAGCUCAUUUUACUAAAAUUUCAAAUUUU